AGUUGAUGAAAUUAGAGGGGAGAGAGUGGAGUUAGAGAAGGUGCUUAACAGAAGAUAAGAAAAAGGAGAAGAGAGGAAGAAUGAUGAGAUGACACACAAUCACACCCUCUACCACUGAUCCACCUUUUUCCUCGACGCUAUCUCUCUUUUUUUCUCUCUCUCUCAUAUAUGUAAAGACAAAACCAAAACCGUGGAUGUGUCUCCACAACCCACCAUUUGCAGUCUCAUUUUGCAUCGCUUCCAAUCUCUCUCUCGCUCUCUUUCAAUCUCUGCUUAUCCCUGUUUAGGCUUCAGACGUUGGUAGAUCUGACGCAAACGAACCCCUAAAUUGAAAAACCCUUGCGAUCGGAUCAGAUUUAUGAUUUACUAAAAGAGAAUCACGUGGUUUGUCUUGUAUGCAGCUUUAACCCCAUCUUACCUUGUGUCUAGGCCUAACCCCAAGUUUCAAUCCGGGGAUUAUUCUGCAAGUGGUUCUUACUUCAAUUAAGGAUUGCGGCUUAAAUUGAUUUUUUUGGGUCUUCUCAGCCAAAACUAGAGAUGCUACCAUCAUCCACUGUUCUGUCUCUCGCCGGUGCUGGCACCGUAUUGACGGUGAUUUUUUCCGGCGAAUUGGGUCAUCUCAAAGCCAAGUGUUCUCCCAGACCCAGAAAGGUUUUCAGCCGUUGGUGCAUAAAGGAGCUUUAUUUACAGCAACACUCCAUCAAUGGUUUCAAGUCCAAGAAGCAAAACUCACUUUCAAGCUUCGCAUUCGGUAAAAAAGCCGAAGACAACUUUUUCUCGGAUGUAAAUGAAGACACAGAUGACAUGUAUGAAGAUUUAAUUAAUAAUUAUGGAAAAGUGGUAUUUAGUAGAAAAGACAAAAAGCCUGCUAGCGCAGAGAUUGAUGAUGAUGCUGAAAGCCUGUCAUUUGCUAUGGAAUUGGCUUCGGUUGCAAGUGAGGUUAAGGCAGCAGAUAUAAAGGUCUUGUUUGUGAAGCCACUUGUUUACUGGACCCGAUUUUUUAUCAUAGCUACAGCAUUUUCCCAUCCGCAGAUUGAUGCUAUCGGGUCCAGGAUGAGAGAUCGAGCUGAGAAAAAAUAUGGAAAAAUUCCAACAGGAGAUACAAAGCCCAACUCAUGGACCCUGUUGGACUUCGUGAACAUGCUGUUGGCUCAACCCAUUUUCUUCUCUCCCAACUUUCCCACUCUCAUCAAGAAGACAAAUUUGAGAGCUUCACUUCAGCCCCACAACAAUUUUCCUCCUCUCAGAGUUUCACAAAUGCCAAAACCACUUGGUGUGAGAGCAAGACCCAAAACCCUGUUGGCUCCGCUUCAGAAAAAGAGUGGUGUCCAAAUCUGCCAUAGCUUCAAGAAAGAGAGCGAAGUUGGUGGGAAUGACGAAAGAGACUGGACAACCUCCUUUUUGCUCUUUCUCCUGUGGGCAGCACUCAUCUACUAUGUCUUCUUUCUCACCCCAAACCAGACCCCGUCAAGGGAUUUAUAUUUCCUGAAAAAGCUCCUGAAUCUGAAAGGGGAUGAUGGUUUCAGAAUGAAUGAAGUGUUAGUAUCAUUGUGGUAUAUAAUGGGCUUGUGGCCAUUGGUAUAUAACAUGCUCUUGCUUCCUACAGGAAGAAGCUCAAAAAACAGUAUUCCUGUAUGGCCCUUCCUGAUACUUUCAUGUUUUGGAGGUGCAUAUGUACUUCUUCCUUAUUUUGUACUUUGGAAACCGCCAGCACCUCCUGUUGAAGAAACUCAGCUUAAAACAUGGCCCUUGAAUUUUCUGGAAUCAAAAGUAACUGCAUUGAUAUCACUUGUUGCAGGGGUAGCCAUCAUAAUUUAUGCUGGUUUAGCUGGACAAGAUGUGUGGAAAGAAUUUUACCAGUACUUUAGGGAAAGCAAAUUUAUUCAUAUUACCUCCAUUGAUUUUAUUGUACUUUCCACAUUUGCACCAUUCUGGGUAUACAACGACAUGACUGCACGAAAAUGGUUUGACAAAGGUUCUUGGCUUCUUCCCAUAUCAUUGAUACCAUAUUUAGGGCCUGGUUUGUACCUUCUCCUACGGCCAUCAUUAUCAGCAGUGUCCAUUUCGCAAACUCCUGUUGAACCAGAGUGAAAUUACAUGUAAUACAAGUGCACACUUUCUAUGCAACAAAAAUGGAUCUGGUUUCAAGUUUGGUUCAAGAAAGUAAUUUCAUUCUACGCAGUUCACAACAAACUGACAUUAGCUACAUUUUUAUUAUUAGAUGGGAUCCAGUUUCAAAGAAAAAACAUUAUUGUUUCUGUGACAUCACUUAGCCAAUCAUAAUUUUUUUGCUCAGGUAACUCAAGGAAAAAAUCCAUCUCUCAGCACUUUGUUGCUAACUGUGGUGUCAAUGAAGUUAGUAUAACAAUAAUAUCCAUAGUUAUACUUUCCUGCA